AUUCAAUCCAGUGUUUCCCAACCUUUAUUGAGCCGAGGCACGUACUUGACAUUAUGAAAAUCUCAUGGCACCAAACUGGUCAAUUGUGCCUUCUGCUAUCUUCGUCUGCUAGCGGAAGAGCAUUUAACUGUCGGCGUACCCCACUGGCACAUAUAGAAGAAUAUCUAUCCAUCCAUCAUUUUUAUAAAUCGCUUAUUCUCGAGCCCAUCCCAGCUGACUUUGGGUGAGAGGUAGGCUAUACCCUGGACUGGUCGCCAGCCAAUCCGAGGUCACUUAUAGACAAACAACCGUUCACACUCGUUGGCAAUUUAAGUCUUAACCUAAAGAGAAUGUGCUUGGAGUGCUGGAGGAAGCCGGUGCCAUACAAGCGUGUCGGCAACAUGCUAAUUCCACAGGAAGGCCGGAACCAAGAUUGUUAAACCUCGAACCAGAACUGUGCUAACCACUCGAUCGGUGUGCUGCCCCAUAGGUUAACAAGACGAAGAAAGAUCAGCUAUUAACAGAGCAGCCUUGCACGUCCACGACCUCGCCAUGGGCGACCCCGAGUGGCUCGUGAAGAAUGCGACGUAUCGGCCGAACUGCUACGCGUGCGUCACCGACAAACGCGCGGUCAACUUCAUCUUCUCAUCCGGCCGGCCGAAGAGCGUACCCAAAUGCUCCCCCUGGACGCUGAUGGAAACGCUCAGGAACAAAUCGGCCAACGUCAGCGAUCUCGACAACAGCAUCCUGGCCAACUUGACGCUCUUCACUGACGGCGAUGUCGAGACCUUGUAUCCGGACCAGGGUGCGGUUUGGGAAAGGUUUGAGCUGAACUUCAUGGCUGCGAUGGGUCUGAUCGCAUACGCGCCAGUGUUCAGAGACUAUUACUACCACGCCCUCGGCCAAUUCUACAAGGAUAACGUCAUGUAUGUGGAAAUACGCGCUUUACUUUUGCAGGUAAGUGGACGUUUCAUUGUAUUUUUUUUUGGUUUGGUUUUGUUUGCCGUUUCCUGGCGACAUGUUGACCGCGCCCAGGUUUACGAGCUGGACGGCAGCACUCACGACUGGGCGUGGGCUCUGAAAACCUACGGAGACGUCACCGGACAGUUCGUAGCGGACCACCCGGACUUCUUUGGGAGCAGAUUCAUUUUCAUAGUCCCCAGGACAAUGGAUGCGUCUGCAAUGAAGGGCGCCGUGGAGGAGGCUGUCAAGCUGCGGAGAGAUUUCCCAGAUUUGAUGGCGGGCUUCGACUUGGUCGGCCGUGAGGAUGACGGAAAGCCGCUUUGGUAUUUCCGAGAUGCCCUGUCGCUGCCGGCGGAGAUGGGCGUGACGCUUCCCUACUUUUUCCAUGCGGGAGAGACAAAUCUGGAGGGCACAGAAGUGGACCAGAACAUUUUGGACGCCAUUUUGUUCAAUACGUCACGCAUCGGCCACGGAUUUGCUCUGAUGCGACACCCUUUGGCUCGAGAACUGUCCAGGAAGAGAGGCGUGGCUGUGGAAGUGUGCCCCAUAUCCAACCAGGUGUUGAAGCUGGUCGACGACCUGCGAAACCACCCGGCCGCGGCGCUGUUGUCCCAGAACCACCCGAUGGUCAUCAGUUCCGACGACCCGGCCAUGUUCGGUACCUCCGGCCUCUCCUACGACUUCUACGAGGCGUUCGUGGGCUUCGGCGGCAGCAGGUCCCGCGUGGGCACGCUCAAGCAACUGGCCAUCAACUCUAUUUCGUACAGCUCGCUGAGUCCAGAACUGCAGAAAAGGGCUCUGAACGUGUGGCGGGGGAAAUGGGAGAAGUUCGUCUCUGAAAAUGCUAUGACCUCAGCGCAGCCAAGUUACCGUGAUGAACAUGGAAGACACCCAAAAAAGACGACGCGCACGCCUUCAUCGGGCUCCACCGGUGACCCCAACCGCCAAGAAGAAUGAUGCAAGUUGUUUUCCACACGAAGGAGAGCAGCGUUGUCGCGUGGAUUGUGACAUUUGCCCAAAACCGCCCGAUUAAACAUUGCCUUUUUUUAAAAAGGUACUGCAUUUGAAA